GCAGCUCUUUCGCCAAAACCGCCAGCACAAACUCCCGCCUCCAGGAUGAGUUCAGGGCAUCUUAGCCAAGACGAGUUCUUCGACAAGCUCGGCCAUCUGUUCAACCACAGAAAGAGCAGCGACCAUGGCGCCAUCUACCUAACACAAAAGCGACUCACAUACGACCCCAGCGAACAAUCAACAACCGCCAAGCUCUUCCCAGACCUCCUCCCCGACAAGCCCCUCCCAAUCAUCAUCAAGGCCACAAACGGCAAGUCGAAGCGCGAUAGAUCCGACAAGGAGAAGCUCUCAACCGUUGUUCAGCCCCACGAGCUGGAAGCCUUCUACGUCCGGUAUGCCGACGUCUGCAAGGCGGGAAUGACACUGUUGAAGCCGAGGGACAAGAGCAAGAAGAAGGCAAAGGCAAAGAAGAAGAAGGCUACUUCAUAGGAGUAAGGGUAAGGAGAGGGAAGAGGAAGGAAACAAAAAUGAAAUGAAAAACAUAUGUAUACAUAUAUACAUACAGGAGAGUCAUACAGAGGUUAUAAUGGCGAAGAGCGCGCUUCCAAGAUCUGUUUUGAUA